GGAGAUGUCACAAAAUCUUCAACCACAUUUUGAUCAAAUAAUUCAGACAUCAAACACAACAAAAUCUAAAAAGCAGGUCUUUAAAUCAUCAUCCUGGCUAGUAAUGUUGAUCAUGAGAUCAGCCCUGAAGCGGUUGACAAAUGGUUCCACGACCAUAUUCAACAUCAUGGAACAAAACCCAAGAUUACGAAGCUCCAUUUCUUUGUCCACGACAAUGUUACCGCCGACGAUCCCACAUCGGUUUUAGUCGCUCCGGCCAACGCCGUCACUCCAUCAGCUGCUUUCGGAUCAACCUACGUUAUGGAUGCUCCGAUAACUGUUGAUUCGGAUCCUAAUUCUGACCUUAUCGGCCGGCUCCAAGGCACAUACAGUUUCGCAGGACGUGAUGAGCAUGUACUGUCUAUGGCGAUAAAUUUCGUGUUCACAAAAGGAGAAUACAGAAACAGUUCUCUCAGCGUUUUAGCGAACAAUCCAAUUUCUCACGAAUACAGAGAAUUUCCGAUACUGGGAGGAACCGGAGCAUUUCGGUUGGCCCGUGGAAUUGCGACCGCGAAUACUGUGAAGGUCGAUAUGGAGAAGCUCAAUGCCCUUUUGGAGUACCACGUUAUCAUCCAACAUUAUUGAUUUAGUUGUUUGAUUAGAAAUAUUGAUUUGAUUUUAUAAACUUUUCCAUCUAUAUUGUUCAUAAAUAAAUGGAAGAUUAUUUGUUUUUGAUGUAUAUAUACUCUCUUGAAUCAUUUCAAUCUCAUGUUUCCUAUAUAUUUUCCUUGGCUAUUAUGUAUGCUGCAAAAUUGUUAU